AUGCCAUCUCCAAGCGACUACCGUUCUCAAUUGCUUAAUAACGUAGCCCUAGGAUAUGGUUUGAUGAGUUUCACCUGGAGAGCAGAACCUAUUGCCCCAGAAGCUGCGUCCAAAACCUUCAAGAAAGUUCUUGAAUUUACUGGUGAUAAAAAGGCGUUGUUCAAUGUUGGUGAAUUCUACGGUGAACCUUUGAGCAACUACAAGUUGUUGCAAUCCUACUUUGACAAGUAUCCGGAAGAUCGUGAAAAGGUAAUUAUCAGUGCUAAAGGUGCUGUUGACUUGCAAACCUUGAGCCCAGCCGGUGAUGCUAAGAGUGUUAGCGCAUCUAUCGAAAACACUCUUAAAGUGUUCAAUGGGUAUGUGGACAUCUAUGAGCCAGCAAGAUUGGACCUUGAACUUAUAAAGAAGACUGGUGAAUCGGUUUUCCCUCGUGAAACAUUUGACACCAUCGUUGAAUACGUCAAGAAGGGUAAAAUUGGUGGUAUUUCAUUGAGUGAAGUAACCGCUGAACAAAUCAGAGCCAUUCACAAGGAGUAUGGUGAAUAUUUAGUCUGUGUUGAAGUCGAAUUGUCCAUGUUUUCUGCUGAAAUUCUCUCGAACGGUAUUGUCGACACUUGUAACGAACUAGGGUUGCCAAUUGUUGCCUACUCUCCAUUGGGUAGAGGUUUGCUAACUGGUGCUUUGGCCAAGAGCUCUGAUAUCCCAGCAGGUGAUUUCAGAAUUCAAUUGAAGAGAUUCCAAGAUGACGCGUUCGCUCACAACAAGUCUUUAGUCGAAUUUUUAGAGAACGAAAUUAUCGCUAAAAGAUCUGAUAACGUCACUUUACCACAAGUAGCAAUCGGAUGGAUCCGGGCUAUCAGUAAGAACUAUCCAAAUACUAAAAUUAUUCCUAUUCCCUCAGGAACAACUGUGGACAAGGUAACCUCUAAUUAUAGUUUCAUAGAAUUAUCUGACGAGGAACUAGCAAAGAUUGACAAAUUUUUACAAUCUUUCAAAACUGUCGGUGGAAGAUACGAGAUGAUUCGUUAG